AUGCUGCAGAAAAUUCCGAGCCUCGACGCCAUGCAGACCCCAGUGAAAGUUAAAAACGAGCCAGUCGCCGCCAACGAGUUGCCAAAGACGCCUCCUGGAGCUGCUCAAGAGGACCGGACCCCGGACGACGUCGUCACCAUGUUCCCUCGCAUCGUCACAGGCAGCGCGUCCGCUCGAAAAGCAUCGACCUCUCCGAGCUCGUCGAAAGCCGCCUCGCCACGGCAGAAGAACACCAAGACUGCUGCUUCACCGUCGGCCCACUGCCAAUGUCGAUUUUGCGGGAAGAUCUUCACGCGCCACUGGCUGUUGCAGGGCCACAUGCGGACACAUACCGGAGAGAAGCCGUUCCAGUGCGCGCACUGCCCGAAAUCGUUCGCCGACAAAAGUAACCUGCGGGCACAUGAGCAGACACAUUCUGGCCUGAAACCCCAUGAAUGCACGCGCUGCGGGAAGCGCUUCGCCCUGAAGAGCUACCUGUCGAAGCACGAGGAGUCCAAAAUGUUGUCUACAGUAUCCUUCGUGGUUACCGUAACCUUCUGCCUAGCCGCCCCAAAUCGACGUAUUAAUGACGGGGACUAUUUGGGCUACAGACUCGCCGAAGCCCCAGAUUAUUUAUACGAUUCCGGCGAGACUGCCGGCGCCCGAAAGCCCCAAAACCGCGUCCCGGAUGUUGUCUUCGUAUUCCUCGAAGACCCAAAAAACUCUACGAAAAAGCAGAACAAGAACGGGGAACCUGAGGGUAUGACCUACUCGGACUUUGUGAAAGCUGACAUCUGCAAGGAGAACAUCGCCCGAACGUGCUUUGAUGACGCUGAUGCGAAUGGCGAUGGUAUUGUCACGAAGGCCGAGCUGAAGAAGUACCAAAAAGACUCGAUGGCACGGGUCGAGAAGAUGUUCGAUGAGAUGUACGCGCACAAUUUUGCUCUUGCCGACAUCAAUGGAGACGACAAGAUCUCCAAGUCAGAAGCGCAAAAAUAUGCAAGCGAUCAGCUAAAGAUUGUUCCGGACUCGGAAUUCGAUCGCCUGUUCAACGACAUGGACACCAAUGGCGACGGCUAUCUGGACAAGAACGCGACGCUGCGACCCGACCCGGAAAUCGAGCAAGUACCCCUUCACCCAACUCGU